AUGUCUUCACCUUGGAAGACCCCACGCAGUUCAGCGCCAAUGCCGGAGAUGAUAGUGAAAAUUAUUGGAAGUAAACACUUUCGGUACUUCGUAGAAAAGCCAACCAAUACGCAGAAUGAGAAGUCGAAGACAGAACCUCAAACCUCACUCCAGAAACCCACGACUGAUUACACAAGACAGGUGAGCAGAGACCUGCCAGGACCCACUGAUACUUCUGUGCAACAAAUACCUGCUAACCCAGCUGAGAAGGAAGAAAGCAAGCACCCAAGCAGCAGCCCAAAACCAGAAAGCAAUCAAAAGUUCUUAACCAGAGUACUCAGUAACAGAUUCCUGGAUGACAGGUUUUCCCAUGAGGCAAAUAUCCACUGCAGCUCAGUACCAACAGGAGACCAAUCUCAAUCCUAUAUACAUAGUCUUCCCAGAAGAAAAUCUAUAGACUGGUACUUGGAACAUACAGCAAAGGACAACUCUGGCCAAGCUGAGGAAGCUGUCCAAAGGCCAAGCAUAACAACAAGAGAAGAUUGUUUUCUAAUCACGUUGGUCAGAAGAGAACUCAACUCACACCCAUUGAGCUCCAACUUGUUGGACAAACUUCAGAAAGAGCUGAGGACUCUGGACCCCAUCUCUUCGGGCUUUCUCCACCAGUCACAGCUGAGCCGUCUCUUCCUAAGACAUAAAGUCCCUCUGCCAUUACCAACAGUCAAGCUCCUCUGCCAAAGAUUUUCUAGAAGGGGUUCUGCAGAAAUGGUGAAUUAUGGAGAGCUACUCUGUUUUUUGAAAGAAGCAACUAAAGAUAAUUUACAGCAAAAUGGAACAGCCAUAUAUAGCAACCCAAGGAAAGCUCCAAAUCCAAACCACAAUAAACAAAGCAUACCACCUCAAGCUUCCAGCUCACUGUCUGAAGUGAACAAGAGCCUGCUGGAGAUUUUGAAGAUGGCACUAAGAACAUGCCAAGGCAAAUUCAACGUAGACUGCCUCAACCUGAGCUUUCGAAGAGAAGAUCGCUCAUUUUCUGGCUGCCUGCCCCUGCCCAAGGUCAUGUCUAUAUGUAGUAAGCAUGGACUGUAUGUAUCCAUGACCCUGCUGGAAACAUUACUACAUCACCGAGAGUUGGGUUGCAGAGGUGAAAUAAAGUGGAAGAAUUUUGUUAAGUGGUUGAACAUGGCUUCUUCUGAUUUGCUGUGUGAUAUGCCAGCAGGAAAGAAUAAAAAGGAAAUUCAAAAGGACAUACCUGAAAGACUCCAAAGAAAAACUGAACAUGUGAAAAUUCCAGAAGAGAAUCUGCAGCCAAAAAUCCCUACCACUAUGACUUCAGCCCCAGAAGACCCUUUGACCUCCUUUAAGAGCAGGCCAGUCUCCCAGCCUGUUGAACAUUCAGCUGUGAUGAAGGAUAAACAACCUGAGUUAUGGAUAGAAAGGUUCAGAAAGCUGGAAAAUGCUCUUUAUCUGUGUGACCUGAACAACACAGGAGUGCUGGAGCAGGAGCAAGCCAGGCGCCUCAUUCACAACUACAACCUCAUUUACAACUUGUCCCUGAGUCCCCGGAGAAUCAACCAGGCCUUGCGAAGAUACAGUUCUGGAGAAAACAUAAUCUUGGAACCAGCACUUCAGUACUUAAAGGAGCUGUGA